CACACACGUACACAAACACACGCUCGCACCGCACACAAACACCCGCACACAAACACCCGCACGCACCGGGAGGAGCGCGGCGGGAGGAUGUCGCACCAGGGCAAGAAGAGCGUCCCCCGCGGCACGAGUGACCAGCUUCUGAUCAAAGGAGGAAAAAUUGUCAACGAUGAUCAGUCAUUUUAUGCAGACAUCUAUGUGGAAGAUGGCUUAAUAAAACAGAUUGGGGAAAACCUGGUGGUUCCUGACGAUGUGAAGACGAUCGAUGCCUACGGCCAGCUGGUGCUGCCGGGGGGGAUAGACGUGCACACCCGGCUGCAGACACCCGUCAUGGGGCUCACCCCCGCCGAUGACUUCUACCAAGGGACACGAGCGGCCCUGGCAGGAGGCACCACGAUGAUCAUUGACCACGUCUGCCCGGACGCCGGGACCGGCCUCGUGGCUGCCUACGAGCGGUGGCGUGGGAGCGCGGGGGACCAGGCCUGCUGCGACUACUCGCUGCACGUGGACAUCCCGCGCUGGCACGAGAGCCUGCGCGAGGAGCUGGAGGCGCUCGUGAAGGACAAGGGUGUGAACUCCUUCCUGGUGUUUAUGGCUUACAAAGACAAGUUUCAAUGCACCGAUGCCCAGAUGUAUGAAAUCUUCUGCAUUAUCCGGGACCUGGGGGCCAUUGCCCAAGUGCACGCUGAGAACGGAGACAUCAUCGAUGAGGAGCAGAAGAGGCUGCUGGAACUCGGGAUUACCGGGCCGGAAGGGCACGUCCUCAGCCGCCCUGAGGAGGUGGAAGCGGAGGCAGUGUACCGGGCCAUUACCAUCGCGAAACAGGCCAACUGCCCCUUGUACGUCACCAAAGUCAUGAGCAAAGGGGCAGCGGAUGUCUUGGCUCAAGCAAAGAGGAAAGGCACAGUUGUGUAUGGAGAGCCCAUCACCGCCAGCCUGGGCACUGACGGCUCUCACUACUGGAGUAAAAACUGGGCCAAAGCCGCAGCCUUCGUCACGUCUCCCCCCAUCAGCCCCGACCCCACCACACCAGAGCAUCUCUCCUCCCUCCUGUCCUGCGGGGACCUGCAGGUUGCCGGCAGCGCUCACUGCACCUUCACCACCGCGCAGAAGGCUGUGGGGAAGGACAACUUCACCCUCAUCCCCGAGGGCACCAAUGGCAUCGAGGAGCGGAUGUCCAUCAUCUGGGAGAAGUGUGUGGUCUCAGGGAAGAUGGACGAGAACGGCUUUGUAGCAGUGACCAGCACCAAUGCUGCCAAGAUCUUCAACUGCUACCCCAGGAAGGGGCGCAUCGCCCUGGGCGCCGACGCGGACUUGGUGCUGUGGAACCCCAAGGCCACGAGGAUCAUCUCAGCAAAAACCCACAAUCUGAACGUGGAGUACAACAUAUUUGAAGGCACAGAGUGUCAUGGGGCUCCUACUGUGGUCAUAAGUCAGGGAAGAGUUGUUCUCGAAGAUGGAAACCUGUGUGUCACGCAGGGCUCAGGUCGCUUCAUUCCCAGAAAGACGUUCCCUGAUUUUGUUUAUAAAAGGAUAAAGGCAAGGAACAGGCUGGCUGAGAUCCACGGCGUUCCACGCGGGCUCUAUGACGGGCCUGUCCAUGAGGUCCUCACCAGCACCAGAGCCGUGGCCCCCACGUCAGCGGCCAGGAUCCCCCCGGGUGCGGGCAAAGCCCCAGCCCCGGCCGUGCGCAACCUGCACCAGUCGGGGUUCAGCCUCUCAGGGUCGCAGGCAGACGACCACAUCGCGCGCCGCACGGCUCAGAAGAUCAUGGCCCCACCGGGGGGACGCUCCAACAUCACCUCCCUGUCUUGAUGGGUGCUGGGGCCGCACUCUCCCCCCGUGCCACCGUGCCGGCCACUGCUGGGGUGUCCCCAUGUCCCGCCGGGAAGGGGACGGUGGGUCCCUCGAGCUGGGGGUGACAAGUGAGCAUCCGUCAGCUGCCCCAGCCCCUCCCUGUAGGUAGAACAUAGAGUAACCCCGAGAGGUAGCGCUCCCACCCCGAGCCCUCCCGCCUGUUUCUUCACUAGCUCCUUGGAAAGCCUUUCCCUGUGCAUGCAGGCACCUACGUGUGCACUCGGCAGCGUGCUCAGUGUGCUGCCUGGGGCCAUCCCAAACUGGUUUGUGUUGGAAGGGACCUUAAGGCUCCUCCAGUUCCAACCCCCUGCCAUGGGCAGUGACACCUUCCACUAGAGCAGGUUGCUCCAAGCCCCUGUGUCCAGCCUGGCCUUGAACACUGCCAAGGAUGCAGUGAAGGUGCAUUUUGGCUGGAAUAGGCUCCUUUUCUAGUAGCAGCAACUGCCCUUUGUAGUCAAAGGACUUUUAACUGAUAAGCACUUCGAACUCUAUGGAUUUAAUACAUACAUGGAGUGCCCAUGUCCAGCAUGGCUGUGUGUGAUGGCCCCGUGGCUGUCUGUCCCUGCAGUGUCAUAGCCUUGGCAUGGUUGGUGCAGGCAGGUGCUGGGUCCUGCACCGCGGCCGAUGUGCUGCUGAGCUGCAGCCUUGCUGUUGGGCUCGGUUUUUAAAGACUAUUUAUACUGUUUUUCAAGCACCAAGUCCUAGCGCCGGUAACCAGCUCAGCUGGAGGCCAGCUGCACAGGACAGACCCUUUUCUAAAGGUUAUUAUAGCCUGUUUAUUAUAUUUAAAGUAUACACAGUUAGGGUGAAGCUCUGCCACACAGCUAUGCAUGUACCUCUGAUGAACGGCUCGCCUUUCAUUCUGCUCCUUGCCUUGAAUAAAGUUUGUUGGAAACCAUGAAA